UUCAUGGCAGAAAAGCGGUUCGAAUAUAGAUACGCCACAGAGGAGGCUCUAGAAGAACUGAAGCAGAGAGAAUUUGCUGGAUGGAUGCUUACUUAUGUGUCUGCUGGUAUGGCCAGAGGUGAAACAUUUGAUGAUUGGAUACGCGAGAUGGUGCGUGGACCAAAGUAUGUUGUGAAGUCAUAUCCGAGAUUUUGUACUCGAGGAUAUGCAUUCACAACGCAAAAGAGGAGACGUUCGAGCACGACUUAUGAUGCUGGCGUUUGUUCUGCAUCAGGAGAUGAUGUAUACUACGGAAACAUACAAGAGAUUAUGGAAAUCAAGUAUCCGGGCAUGGUUGGAUUGCGUUGUACUGUUUUCUUUUGUGAUUGGUACGACAACACUCCAGAUCGAGGUGUGAGAACAGAUGCAUUUGGUGUUACAUCAGUACAUUCGAGGCGAAAGCUGCAAUAUUAUGAUCCUUUCAUUCUUGCUUCUCAGGCCGAUCAGGUAAUUAAAUAUACAUAUGUCAAUUAUUCAGAAUGAUUCAUCAUCAUGUGUAUUAUUCAAAUUAUUUUUAAAUGUUACAGGUUUGUUAUAUCAAGUAUCCCCGG